CGCGUGUCGUAGUCUGGUCAGUUAGUAUUUGUUUGCUGAUGUAACUGCACUCGCAAUCCGCAAUCUGAAUAUUAGGGGGAUUAUCGUGAAUUCAGACCCCCUUUAAGCUCCAUUCCCACCCCCCAGAAAGCAUCCUUUUGGUAGCCCAAACAGAGUGUUGCGGUUAGGCUUAGUGAGUUCGAUAUCGAAAUCAUAAAUCGACGUCGAAACGUCCCGCGAUGAUGUAUUUUAGGGAUGUUUGGGUAACGUCUGUUCCCGUAUGAAUGCAUUCGAAAAUGGACUUUAAAUAGAAACACAGAAAAAAAAGAACAGAAGUUGUGUUGGACAAGUUGAGAACUCUUAGAACAGUAUGUCAUACGCUCAAUUUGGAUACGCAGCAUUUACGCCUAGCACACAGCUGAUGGUAGGGAGCACCAGCACGAGUUCCGUCUCCUCCCCGUGCUGCGGGGGAGAUUCUUCGGGGAGAACGUCUUCGGGGGUGGUGGAGUCCUCAGCUGUUUGUUCACUGCCUGCCACCUACGACUCCAGGCUACUUACAACCUACCAUCCUAGGCUCUACGAGCAUCAAGCCUAUCCCAACUUCACGGGAGUUGAAUCUUCAGCCUUUUAUCCCUCUUUGAGUACAGCCUAUGGUAUGAAAGAUGCUGGCGACCCGUGGAGAGGAAUUACGCCAUCUGCUUCUUAUUAUUAUGAUCCAAGCCUGGCUGCUUACGGGUAUGGUGGUUUAGAUUUCAAUGGCGCCAGGCGGAAAAACGUAACAAGAGACUCAACGAGCACGCUGAAAGCAUGGCUCAACGAACACCGUAAGAAUCCUUACCCGACGAAAGGUGAGAAGAUCAUGCUGGCCAUCAUCACCAAAAUGACUCUCACACAAGUCUCAACGUGGUUUGCGAAUGCUCGCAGGAGGCUGAAAAAAGAGAACAAAAUGACGUGGGAGCCAAGGAACAAAAUGGACGCUGAUGACGUCAAGGAUUAUGACGAUGAUGAUGACGUCGAAGAUGACGGUGAUGCAGCAACUAAAAGGAACAGGAUGGACAGAAACGAUCGCGUUGAUGGGGAGUCCAGAACGACAAAAUGUGAAAGCGAAGACGAAAGCGAUCGUAGAACAGCAUCGUGUGAUGAUUCCAUUGAUGGUGCAGUACAUUACGGCUCAGGUAAUCACAUAACUGGACGACCCUAUCCCCACCUGCCUCACCACAGAAACAAAAUAACUCCAAACGGUGCUCAACAACAAGAAAACAGUACUAGGGACAGUACUUCCCUCAUCGCUACCUCCGAAUUCACACCUACUGACUCAUCCUCAUCGCCUAAUUUGCCGGACAUUCAGGCCCUCAUGCGCACCACCUCCCCCCUCGAAGCCAAAGACAGGACGAGCAUGGACUCGAUGAAAAGCUCGCCUUCUGCUGUCGAAGACGUGGACAUGUCCGGUCGAUCCAUGACUGGAGCCAAUAAACCAAAAAUAUGGUCUUUGGCGGACACAGCCACGAGUAAAAGUCCCCCUCCUCUGCUUGGUGGUCCAACUCAAGAGACAUCCGGCAGUAUGAUGGACAUGUUAGGACACUGUGGAUGGUUUUCGGUGAAUCCUUACCAAGUGACCAAUGCCUCAGCAUCCUUAGGUGGCUUUGGAAGUUAUCAUCCUCACUCUGGUGGGUCAUUCGCAUCGCCCCCUAGUGGUCACGGAGGGUCAUGUUCAUCUGCUCAAGGUUUUGUGCCUCCUCAGACGGACACACCACCUCAAACUCCACCAAACAUGAAGGUAUCCGGCUCAAAUGGCUUCCUGGGUGGACAAGGUGGUCAUCUAUAUCAAUCAUCUGCUAUCGGUGGUGUAUCUGCUAGUAUUCAAAACAGUAAAAACGGCGGAUCUUAUUCUGCAAACAGUCAUGGCAGGUCCUUUAGACAAGAAUCCCUACCUGAGGAUUAUUCUGCAACGGGACAUUUCAAGGCGACAUCCCUGCAAUAAAGACAUUCAUCUGCAAUCAUUUUACUAAAAAAAAAGACUCUUUUUUGUGCAACUAAAUUUUCAAGGUAGUUUUCUUCCAGAAACUUCAAAGCAAACUCACAUAAAAUAUUUUGUAUGGAAAGUUCAUGACUACUUUUCGGACAAAUGAAAAACUGAAGAUUAGAUACAGGGUCACUAUCAUCCCCCCCCCCCGAACAUAAAA